AUGACUUUAUUCCGCUUUUUAGCGAUGACUUUAUUCCCGCUUCUUAGCGAUACCGCUUUUCAGCGAUGUUUUAUCCCACUUUUAGCGAUGAUUGUAUUCCGCUUUUUAGCACCGCUUUUCAACGAUGAAUCUAUCCCGCUUCUCAGCGAUGAGCUUAUACCGAUUCUCAGCAAGGCCGCCUUUUUACAUUAUAUAUUUGGAUGGCCCAUUCCAGAGGAUGUCGAGUCACCAAUUUUCAUUGGGGUUGGGAAGAGCCUGAGGACAUUGACGCUGGUGUCCAGAGAAAGAGGAGACGCAAUACGAUCAGCUAAGCCUUAUUUAGCCACCCCGGGAGCAACUGUUCGUGGCCUUUAUGGAGAAACUUUUUACGAAGGAGAUACCUUAGUUACAUUUCACUAUGAAAAAUCGAGAUCCGGUGAUAUAACACAAGGUCUUCCAAAAGUAGAACAGGUAUUAGAAGUGCGUUCCGUUGAUCCAAUAUCGCUGAAUCUAGAAAGGAGGGUUGAGGGUUGGAACAAAUGUCUAACAAGAAUUCUUGGAAUUCCUUGGGGAUUCUUGAUUGGUGCUGAGCUAACUAUAGCGCAAAGUCGCAUCUCUUUGGUUAAUAAGAUCCAAAAAGUUUAUCGAUCCCAGGGAGUGCAGAUUCAUAAUCGGCAUAUCGAAAUUAUUGUACGUCAAAUCACAUCAAACGUGUUGGUUUCAGAAGACGGAAUGUCUAAUGUUUUUUCACCCGGAGAACUUAUUAGAUUGUUGCGAGCAAAACGAAUGGGGCGUGCUUUAGAAGAAGCAAUCUGUUAUCGAGCCCUUUUAUUGGGAAUAACAAAAGCAUCUCUCAAUACUCAAAGUUUCAUAUCGGAAGCGAGUUUUCAAGAAACUGCUCGAGUUUUANCAUCUCGACAAUGGCAGCACAAGGAGCAACAUAACUACAUCAACAACUAG